GCAAUAGAACCUCUACACUGUGUUAUUUAUUGGGUUUAUCCAAAAAUUCACGAUGAAAGUAACAGUAACCACUCUCAAUGAUGACAUCUUCGUGCUGGACGUCUCUGAAGACCUGGAACUUGAAAAUUUUAAGGCGUUUUGUGAGAUAGAAUCAGGGUUUCCUGCUAAAGACAUCACAUUGCAUUUUAAUGGCAAACCACUUCUGAAUAACAAAAAAUCAUUGAAGGAACACGGCGUCCACGACGGCGACGUAAUUAUUCUUCUGCACAUGGUGAAUUCCGCACAGAAUCUCAGCGUUAAUGAUUCCAGCCAAGCCUUGCCAAGUGGCAUAGCUAGCCUUGACUUCAGCAACAUCCAAGUACCUACAACAUCAGCAAAUACAUCAAUGGCUUCGAGAAACACGCCUGUUGAAGAAGACCCACGCAUAAUUAGAGAGAUGUUUCUUGCUAACCCAGAUCAACUGGCAUUACUUAAACAGAAUAAUCCAAGACUUGCCGAUGCUCUACUAACUGGUAGUUUAGAUACAUUUGCUGCUGUACUACGUGAACAAAUAUUGGCUAGAACUGAAAGGCAGCAACAAAGAAUAAGUCUUACUUCUAGGAUGAUGAACUCUGACCCAUUCGACACAGAAGCACAAAGGAUGAUUGCUGAAGAAAUUAGGCAAAAAAAUAUAGAAGCCAACAUGGAGGCUGCAAUGGAAUAUAAUCCAGAGACUUUUGGAACAGUUGUAAUGUUAUAUAUUAAUUGUCAUGUUAAUGGAUUCCCAGUAAAAGCAUUCAUAGAUUCCGGAGCCCAGACAACAAUAAUGUCAGCAGCAUGUGCUGAGAGAUGCAACAUAAUGCGUUUGGUCGACACAAGAUGGGCCGGUAUCGCUAAAGGUGUUGGCGUACAAAGGAUCAUCGGUCGCAUUCACAUGGUGCAGAUGAGAAUCGAACAGGACUUCUUGACGACCUCGUUCUCUGUGCUAGAGGAACAGCCCAUGGAUAUGCUGCUCGGUCUUGAUAUGCUUAAACGGCAUCAGUGCAACAUCGACCUCAAACGUGGUGUUCUACGGAUCGGCACGACCGGUACCGAGACGCCGUUCCUGCCAGAAUCUGAUCUUCCAGAAUGCGCCCGUCUGUCUGGCGUCUCCGAGGACGACAUCGUGAACCAGUCGGUCAAGGACCACGAAGAGAGACAGAUCCGAGAAGCCCUCGAGAGGUCCAAGCAAGAACCAACGACCCGAGCAUCGGGCCUUACCGGUUCGACCUCAACAAACCCUAUGCGACAGAAUCCUUCUGCUUUUGAGGCCACGAAGACCACGAUACCGGGGAACGCAGGUCACCAUACAUCAUUAUCGAACGCGGCGGGUACAACCGCUUCGAAUGCUUCCACAACAAAUCCUUUACCGCAAACGCGUCCCGCUAAUGAUGAGGCGAGAUCUGGAACGUCCGGAAAUUCGAGAAUGCCGAUUGGAGAUCCAAAUAUAACGAUAUUGCCAACUGACGUCUUCGGGGAGGCCGAAGUGCAAGAGAUAAUCGCACUCGGAUUCACUAGACAUCAGGCGGUUGUGGAGCUCAGACGUUUCAACGGCGACAAACGACAAGCGACGGUUUCAUUGUUUGCAAAAGCUUUAAAGUUCUGAGAGGUCCGAGAUUCGGUUGUCGUCUAAUCUAAUAAUUAACCAAAUAUAUCGGCGUUAUGAUUGAUGAUAUGAUUAUAUAGGAAUUUAUACAUUUUUAUAUUGACUUAUAUAUUUCAUUUAUAUUCGAUUACUAAAUCUCGAUCAACUUAGUAUUCAUUUUUUGACGUUUGUCACAAACUAUGCCUCAGAUUGAGUACCGUGUUCCUUAUAUACACACGCGGUAGAUAUGAGUCUGAUUUGUUUUCUAUUUUAUACUUUGAAUAUUUUUAAAAUUUGAAAACAAACGCACUCGUAUCGGUUAGUAUUUACGGGCGAGAAUCCUUUGUUACGAUUGAAAAUUUAUAGUUUAUAUAUCUUAUCGGACUGAUGUGCAUUAGUUUUAACCACGGUGCGUUUUGUAUUGUAAAGCGAAUGCAGUGUUGAUGAGUCAAUGAAUUCGCGACGCAUUCAUUUUACGGACUCGAAUAUCUUUAUAUUAAUACGUGAAGCAAAACCUUUGUAUCCCUUUUUACGAAAAUGCGCGGAC